UCAGUCAUGCAAAAUUCAAUGCAAAAAUAGAAAAGAGAGCGUUUAAGAGAGAGUAGUUCUUAACUUAGAACGAUUUCCCCGUCUUUGAUUAGGACCAUCUGAAGAUAAUAUUUUUACACAUGUAAAAUAAAAACAAUUAUCUAUAAAAUUAACUUUGUCGUUUACUUUACAUUUAAAAAAGUCUGCCUCCUGGUGUCAGAAUAGUUCCUCUUCCUCUCUUUGAAGUCUUAAGGUAUUGCUAUCUGCCGAAGCCAUAAGAGGAAAGAAGUUCCUGCAAAAGCUUUUUCCAAACUUUCUCUUGUUAACACAUCAACAAAACAGACCCCAAAACCCAAAUAAAAAUAUUUCUGUCAAAAUAGCCCCCGCCGCCCCAACCAACUAAAACCCCCAAAGCACCUCUCUUUCUCUUUCCAUGAACUUGCAUCUGAAGCAAUGUAGAAACCAGCAUGAGUCAGACCAUCAACAACAACCACCUUCUGCAAAUAUACCAAAACUUCACCUUCAUCAUCAUCAUCACCAACACCCAUCUCCUCUUCCUUUGCUCGUACCUCAUCACCACUGCAAAUCCAGCAGCAACAAUCUGCCACCACUUCCUCAUUCAUCCUUCACGUUUCCCAGCAGUGAGAUUUUUUUCCUUUUUCUUUGCUCCUUUUUUUUUCUUGGCAGGAUUCUCAGAAAAGUUUUCAACUCCUUGAUGGGAAGUUUCUUCAGCUUGUCUCAAUGGCAGGAACUGUAGUUACAAGCUUUGAUCUUUAGAUACAUGUUAGCAGGCGCAGCUGUUCCUCCCCAACUCCUUCAAUCAAUCGAGAAUACUACUAUUCUUCACUCUCCUUCAUAUUUCCUCCACCACCCUCUUCGACACUUCUCCCAUUACCAGCCACCUUUGUUGCAAUCAGGGUAUUGGGGAAGAGCAGCAAUGGAUCCAGAGCCAGGCCGAUGCCGGAGGACUGACGGGAAGAAGUGGAGAUGCUCGAGAGGCGUGGUGGCUGGCCAGAAAUAUUGCGAGCGCCACGUGCACCGUGGCGCAAACCGUUCAAGAAAGCCUGUGGAAAUGCUAAAAUCUAGUGGCGCCUGCACCAACAUCAUCAACAACAAUACUCUUGUUGGUGCUGCUGCUGGUGUUGUUGAUGUUGGAUGUGGUGACCUUAAACCCACUUCUCUGAUCCCCAAUUCACCCUUAGAAUUGGCUGGUGAUAGAGCCAACAGUUUUCUCCUUUCAGGUUUGCUAAUAUUUGCUAUCUAUUUUGACCCUAAUCAAUAUCUGACCAAUGGAUGUAUCUCAAAAUCUGGGCAGGGGGUUUCGAUUCUGUACAAGCUGACCCCAACCACUUCUUUAGUCUUUAUAACGUGCUUUCUUUAUGGUCCAUCACAAUAUAUUUUCUUUAUUUUGCUUAUUUUUGUUUGCCCUACAAUGUUUGUGUUUCUUUUGUCUGGCAGUUCCUCAUAUUCUAAAAAUGUUCAUAAGGGCCAUUUCGAUGCCCAAAAUGAAGUCAAUAACAGAUCUGAUGGUCAAAUGUUGAGACAAUUUUUUGAUGAUAGGCCUAGAUCCUUACAACAACCAGACAACCAUGCUGAAAGCCCGAUGAGUUCUGCAACAUGCCUCUCCAUUUCAAUGCCUGGAAAUUCCUCAUCAGACGUGUCGUUGAAGCUGUCAACUGGCAAUGGAGACCAAUUGAAUUGGGCUGCUGGGUGGGCCUCAUACCAGGCGGCUUCGAUGGGAGGGCCCCUUGCCGAGGCUUUAAGAUCAUCCAUAUCCAAUUCACAACCUUAAAGGCUCUGCAUCUCAAACUAGCAUUGUCUUUUUUAGACACUCCAAGACUUAAAGUAAAUUGCUUGCACUCUGUUCUUUACUUUUAUUGAACCAAACUGACUACAAUAAUGGUUCCUUUAAAAUUAAGUUUGCGAGAAAAAUUAGCACAUAAGUUGUUUCAGAACAUGCUAAACAGGACUCUGAGCAUAAUUCAGAUAACAAACCGAUAAACAUUUGCAAGUGACCAACUGAAAUUUGACUAAUUAUCAGAUGGAUAAUAAACUGUACUGCACGUGAAAGAAAAAGCCUUUUUGAAUGGCGAUUAUUUCAUCUCCUGGAUACCGAAACUCCAAGG